AUGUUUUGUUUGAAAUAUUUUGGGGUGAUAUUCAUUGACUCGAAUAAUGAUAACGACAUGUGCCAAAACAUUUACUCCGUUAUUUUAUUUACCACUUUCAUAAUAAUUGCGAUCAUGACACCUUACGUUACACUUGAGUUUGAUGAUUGGUCGACCGCAUUGUCUACGUCUAUGUCACAGUUAAUAUGUAUUACAGUGAACAUUUCUUCAUUUAUAUCAAGAAUAAUUGUUCUGUACAACGUCAAGUACAAAAAAUAUCAAAAGUAUAAGACGACAUUAGAAGGAUUUGAGAUUUAUAUACCAAUGAACACAGUCGCUUUGAAACACAUCAAGUAUUUUUCUUUUACCGUGAUUUUCUUGUGCUUGAUUACUAUCUUACCUAUAAAUAGCUUAAAAUUGUUUUACCUGUUCCAUAACCACACCAAUCUCAUUUUAAUGACUACAUAUUUUUUUUUAUAUUACGUCCAUAACCUGAGCAUGGCUUUUACGGAAUUGCACUUUGCCAUCCAGUGUUUUGUGGUGUACACGAAGUAUCGAGAUAUAAACGAGGAGUUAAUUCAAAUAAACGAUGAACAUAACUUUUACAACUUUAAUGUACGAUAUCCGUUCAUUGCUAGCCAAAUGGCAACUCCAGGAAAAAGUGAUGAUCCGACGCAACCUCGUGUAAUCAUAUACGAAAAAGAUUUUUACUGUUCAAAGGACAAAAUAAGUCCUUUGGCGAACACUAUCGAAGUUUUGAGGAUAAAACACUGGUUAAUUCGAGAAGCAGUCAAUGACCUCAAAUAUUUGUUUGACUUUCAAAUUAGUCUAUCGAUGAUUUGUAUAAUCACUUCAACACUAUUAGACAUAUAUACGCAUGGAUUUUAUUCGAAUCCAUAUUACAGUUUAUUUAACAAGCCAGUAUUUCGAUCCAGUAUUCUAUUUUGUGGGUGGAUGCUUCAAUAUUCUUUCAGGUUUUGCAUCAUCGUUAUCACAGCACACACUGCAACUAAACAGGCGGUUAAAAUAAAAAAGUAUAUAACAGAAAUGAACAAUCGAUAUUUAGAUUUAAGUACAAAAGAAGAGCUACACUUAUUCUAUAAUCAAUUAUCCAUUUGUUCACCGCAGUUCACAGUCUUUAAAAUUUUCACUAUAAACAAUGGUAUAAUAACUUCGGCAAUGGCUGCUGGUUCAACAUACAUCCUAAUAUUGGUACAAAUUCAUUCAGACAAAUAAAUUUAUUAGGAGUAAAUUUUUAGAUGAAAACUAUUUGUUCAAAAUUAAAUAAAAUACAGAUUCAACAAACAAAUUUUUUCCAUUUAUUGAACUGAAGACAUGUAAUUCACUAUUAGAGCUGACAUGAAAAUCAAGACCUACGACCAACGACAGUAACAGUACACAACUCAAUGUUAAAAUAAAAUCUAUUUUUGCUUAUUAAUUUAACUAUAAAAUAAAUAGUACUAAAUUAAUCAAGUU